GGGAACGGACCUAUCAGAGCGGGUUUCUACCGAAGCGGAGGGAACAUCAUAUGCCUAGACAAGAUGGCGGCGCCCACAGGAAGGGUAUGUGCCUGGCUGCCGCGAUGUUGAAGCAACCGCGAGCGGCGGAGCGCGGCUAAAGAUAAGUCCUUGAGGUGGGGCUGUGCCACCAAAUAAAAGUUAAAGAGCUUCUUGUUAGUGAAUGCUGCAGAACACCAGCCAGGUCUAGAUUCCUUCUCUCCCCCUCCUCGACAUGAGAGGUUUGGACCCAUUAAGCAUGAUGUUGAAAAGGUAUUUGUAAAGGGACUACAAUGGCAGAGGGAGAGUUUCUAGAACCUAUUAAGGAAAAAAAAGUUCAUACUGUAGGAAGAGACCGAUUUGAAAUCCUGAAAGAGAGGUUUGAACGGCUUUCAGCAGCAGAUCAGAAUUUAUUUCAAGGUGGACCCUUUUUCCUUGCAUUAAAUGCAAGUCUGUGCGGCUUAAUAGCGAAUAGUAUGUUUAGGCGUGUCCUGAAUAUUACCCAAAUUCGUACCAUAUCUGCUUUGUCCGUGGUUUUUACACCAUUCGCCUUCACUGUGGUUGCUUAUAAUGUUUUGAUUGUCACACCUUUAAUGGAAGGUGAUCUAAACUGUGCAACUUGUACUUGGGUCAGAGGAGGUUUAAUUGGAGGAGUUGUAGGCUGUUUUUACCCUACUGUCCUAGCUUUAUCUCUGAAUGCAGCUACUGCAGCAAGGUCCUGCACAGCUCCCUUGCCAGAUAAAAGAAACUUCUUGCGGUACUGGAUCACAAUUAGCAAGCCUAUUUACAAAAAAAUGAAAUUUGCUGUACUCCUUCAAGUUGCAUUUGGCACAUUUUUGAGUUCAAAACAUCAUGAAAUAUAUAUUAAAAUGCUCCAGUUGCCUGAGCCUGGGGAGGAUCCUGAAGAACUAAAAAAUUAAAUCUGAAAUUGUGCAGCCAUCA